AUGGAAAGUGAUACAGAUGUGGUCGUACUGGUUAAUGGAGAGUUGCGUAUACAGACAAACGGACAACAUGAAGAAGAUGAGACAGCGGUGCAACAAGCCAAAAGAAGGUAUAAACGUGAAUGGGUGAAAUUUGCAACACCCUGCAGAGAAGGAGAAGACAACUCAAAAAGAAACCCAAUUGCCAAAAUUACUUCAGAUUUCCAGGCAACCCAGAAAAUUACCUACAAAAUUUCUGGGGUAGGAAUUGACCAGCCCCCUUUGGGAAUCUUCGUGAUUGACAAAAAUACUGGAGAAAUUAACAUAACAGCCAUAGUUGAUCGUGAGGAAACCCCAGGCUUCCUGAUCACAUGUCGAGCUCUAAAUUACUUAGGCCAAGAUGUAGAGAAACCACUUAUAUUAACAGUAAAAAUUUUAGAUAUCAAUGAUAAUGCUCCGGUAUUUUCACAAAGCAUUUUCACAGGUGAAAUUGAAGAAAAUAGUGCUUCAAACUCACUGGUGAUGGUAUUAAAUGCCACAGAUGCAGAUGAACCAAACCAUUUGAACUCUAAAAUUGCCUUCAAAAUCAUCUCUCAGGAACCUGCAGGCCAACCCAUGUUCCUCCUCAGCAGAAACACUGGGGAAGUCCGUACCGUGACCAGUUCUCUUGAUCGGGAGCAAGUUAGCAGUUAUCAUCUGAUUGUGAGUGGUGCAGACAAAGAUGGAGAAGGACUAUCAACGCAAUGUGAAUGUAGGAUUAAAGUGAAAGAUGUCAAUGAUAAUUUCCCAGUGCUUAAAGAAUCUCAGUAUUCAGCACGCAUUGAAGAAAAUACAUUAAGUUCUGAAUUACUUCGAUUUCAAGUAAUAGACUUGGAUGAAGAGUUCACAGAUAAUUGGCAUGCAGUAUAUUUCUUUACCUCUGGAAAUGAAGGAAAUUGGUUUGAAAUACAAACUGAUCCCAGAACUAAUGAAGGCAUCCUGAAGGUGAUUAAGGCUCUAGAUUAUGAACAACUACAAAAUGUACAAUUUGGUAUCGCCGUCAAAAACAAAGCUGAAUUUCACCAGUCAAUAAUUUCUCAGUAUCGAGUCCAGUCAACCAUGGUCACAAUUCAGGUAGUAAAUGUGAGAGAAGGACUUAUAUUCCGUCCCGCUUCGAAGACAUUCACUGUGCAGAAAGGCAUAAGUAUUAAAAAAUUGGUCAAUUAUGUCCUGGGAACGUAUCAAGCCAUCGAUGAAGACACUGGGAAGGCUGCUUCAUUUGUCAGAUGCUAUGUUUUCACUUCUGAAAAUAACCAAUAUAUUUUCUCAUGGGAAGACACACUAACUUAGCUACAUAAAAGAGAAACUUAAAAUUUUAAUUUGUUCUGUGUAUUUCUUUAACUCUAAAGUGUUAUUCUUACAGAAAACACGGGUAAGACUUCUACAGGCACCAUUUACGUUGAAGUACCCAGUUAUAAUGAAAAUUGUCCAACCAUUGUCCUCGACAAGAAAGCAAUUUGUACUUCAUCACCUACAGCUGUUGUCUCAGCUAGCGUACUGGACAAGGAUAAAUAUACUGGUCCCUACACAUUUUCGCUGGAGGAGCAACCUUUAAAAUUGCCAGCUGUGUGGAGAAUCACAACACUAAAUGCUACCUCAGCAGUGCUAAGAGCCCAGCAACAGUUAUCUCCUGGACAGUACAGAAUCUCUCUCACAGUUACAGACAGAGACGACAGGCAGUGCGAGACACCAGACAGCUUCACUCUGGAAGUCUGUCAGUGUGACAACAGGGAUGUCUGCGGAACUUUUUACCCAAGCGGAAGCCCUCAUCCAUAUACAAAUCAAUCAUCAGUGAGGCUGGGGCCUGCCGCCAUCGGCCUGAUCAUCCUUGGUCUUCUGCUGUUGCUCUUGAUUCCCCUUCUGCUGUUGAUCUGUGACUGUGGGAAGCAUGGGAAAGGGGGAGUGACAGGCGGAUUUAUUCCCGUUCCUGAUUGUUCAGAGGGAACAAUCCAUCGGUGGCAAAUUGAAGGAGCCCGACCUCAAGACAAAGAAAUCACAAAUAUUUGUGUGCCACCUAUAACAGCCAAUGGAGUCGAAUUCACGGAAAACUCUGAAGUUUGUACAAAUACAUAUGCAGGAGGGACGGUGGCAGAAGGAGCUUCAGGAAUGGAACUGAUCACAAGGCCUGGAGCAGCUACGGGAUCUGGAGUUGGUGGGGGAUUUGCAACAGGAACAGUGUGUGGAGCUAGAGCUACUGCAGGAUUUGGCAUCUGCUCUGAAGGACACUCUGGAACAAUGAGAACAAGGCAUUCCACUGGAGGAACCAAUAGGGGCCAUGCAGAAGAAGCAACGGGCAUGAACUUCUUGGACUCCUACUUUUCCCAGAAAGCAUUUGCCUGUGCAGAGGAGCAUGAUGGCCAGGAAGCAAAUGACUGCUUGUUGAUCUACGAUAAUGAAGGAAUGGAAGCCCCAGAUUCUCCUGUGGGCUCCCUGGGUUGUUGCAGUUUCAUUGGCGAUGACCUGGAUGACAGCUUCUUGGACUCAUUAGGCCCCAAAUUUAAAAAGCUUGCAGAGAUAAGCCUAGGUGUUGAUGACGAAGCCAAACAACCUCAGCUACCCACCAAAGCAAGUGGUUUUGGGACUGACUCCUGUGGCCGUUCAGUAGAAGGCCAGCAGUCAGGAUCUGUCAGGUGCCAGACUUUGCAAGGCAGUCAAGGAGUUGCUGCUUUGUCUGCUUCUGGGUCUGUCCUCCAACCAGCCAUUUCCAUCCCUGACCCUUUGCAACAUGGUAACUAUGUGGUAACCGAGACUUACUCAGCUUCUGGUUCCUUCGUGCAACCUUCCAUUGCAGUCUUUGAUCCACUUCUCACACAAAAUGUAAUAGUGACAGAAAGAGUAAUCUGUCCCACUGCUAGUGUUCCUGGCAACCUACAGGGUCCACCCGAGUUACGAGGGUCACGUAACAUGAUCCAUACCGAAGAUCCUUGUCCCCGUUUGAUAUAA